AUGGAGUCUCUGAAGUUGGAUCCCCGGGCCAUGAGCCCAGCCACGCUGGCCUUGUACACCUCUGCACUCUUCGCGCUCUUCAAAUUCCUGCAGGCCAUCUACCGCCUCUACUUCCACCCGCUCUCGCACUUCCCCGGUCCCCGCGCCGCCGCCCUCUCGCGCAACUGGCUUUGGCAGCAAGUCCAGACGGGCCACCCAGAAGAAAUCCUCGAGCAGCUGCACCGCAACCACUACGGCGGCGCGCGCGCCCUGCGCACCGCGCCCAACGAACUCCACAUCACCGACGUCGCCGCCUACAAGACCAUCUACAGCCAGACCAACCCCUUCCCCAAGGAGCCGUCGUUCUACGACUGCUUCCACACCCCGCACACCCUCUUCGCCGAGACGGACCCGGCGCUGCACCGCGAGCGCCGCAAGAUCCUCAACCCGCUCUUCUCGCGCGCCGGCGUCGCCAAGCUCGAGCCCGUCAUCCUCGAGAAGGUCCAAGAAAUGGGCGCGAAGCUGCGACGACUCGUGACGACCAACCCCAGCGGCUCCAUCGACGUCUCCAACAUGGUCCGCUGCGUCACCGUCGACGUCAUCAGCGAGUUCGCCUUCGGGCAGUCUGCCGGCCUCCUCGCCGAGCGCCCCGACGCCUUCAGCGCGGCGUUCCUCGACGCGUUCGAUAUCGCGGCUGUGGUGCCGUACCGCUUGUACUACAGCGCGCUGCAGCGGUUCCUGUCCGCCGUCGUGCCGCUGGCGUGGGUCGGCAAGUUCGACCCGGCGGCGGGCGAGAUGGCGCGGUUGCUGAAGUUUGCGAAUGAUUCGUUUUAUUCCUACGCGAAGAGGACGACGACGGCGGCGCAUCCGGUUGUGUUUGACUACAUGAAGAGCGUGCCGGAGGGGCUGCAGCCGGCGGAGGCGAUGGAUGUGCUUGUUGCGGGCAGCGAUACGACGGCGUAUACGUUGGCGACCGGGCUGUUCCAUAUUCUGCGGAUGCCGGAGGUGAAGGCGAGGUUGGAGAGGGAGGUGAGGGAGGCGGUGCCGGAUAAGGAGGGGUUGGUGCCGUUUGUGCAGCUGGAGAAGAUUGAUUAUUUGAGGGCUUGUGUUAAGGAAUCGUUGAGAGUUGCAAUGCCGGUCCCGGGCGCGCUUCCUCGGGUCGUGCCUGCGAGGUCGCAGCCUUUCGAGGUUGACGGCAAGAUUAUUCCUCCUGGUACGAUUGUCGGCAUGUCUGCGUACACUAUGCACUACAGCGAGGAGCUGUGGGGCAAGGAUGCCAAGGUCUUCAAUCCGGAUCGCUGGCUUGGUCCGAAUGCAAAGCACCUGGAUACGUACCUGUGCACCUUCAGCAAGGGUGCUAGGCAGUGCAUCGGAAUUAAUGUUGCGCAUACGGAAGCAACCAUGGUACUGGCGUACCUAUUCCGGAACUUUCAGAUGGAGUUGAAGACGAGCGAAUUCCGGCACCGUGAUGUCUUCACACAGCAGGUUCUUGAGCCCGGUGUUCUAGUUGAUUUUACUCCGCUCUGA